GCCCCGGUCACGGCGCGGCGACGGAGCCCGCAGGGGCGGCCGAGGAGCGCGAAGCAGUGCCAAGAUGGAUUCCCAGGCCAGUGAUGACGAGGCAGCUAGUGAAGUGCUGAGUCACUACAGCAGUGCCAGUGAAACUACUAGUGUAGCAGAGGAAGUGACAGGAGGUGAGGCAGUUGAUGAGCAAGCACAGCAAGAGGAAAUGGAAGAUAAGCUGAAGGAGUGCAUUGACAACGUGAUGGACAAGAGUGCCAAGACACGACAGGUGGCUCUACAGAGCCUGCGGCUCGCAUUCUCCUCCAAGACGCUCUUUGACUUCCUCUUAGAACGCAGGCUCACCCUGACGGACUCCUUGGAGAAGUGCCUGAAAAAAGGUAAAGGGGAAGAACAGUCCCUUGCUGCUACUGUUCUCACACUACUGUGCCUUCAGAUGGGCUCGGGGCCUGAGGGGGAGGAGGUGUUCCGCAGCCUGAAGCCCCUCCUCAUCAGCAUCCUGACAGACUCCACGGCCAGCCCAGUCGCUCGGCAAAGUUGUGCCACUGCUCUUGGGAUGUGCUGCUAUAUCGCUGCAGCAGAUGUGGAGGACCUGGCUUCCUGCCUUGCUUGCCUGGAAGGCAUCUUCGGCGCCUCCUGCAGCAAGGAGGCCAGCUUGGAGCCCUCCCACCACAGCCCCCUGCUCCAGGUCUUGCACUUCAACGCGCUCCAGUCCUGGUCCCUGCUCCUGACCAUCUGCCCAGGCACCCAGAUCAAGAAGAACCUGGACAAUCACUUACCCACAUUGCCUCUGAUGCUGUCCAGUGAUAACGUCAAUCUUCGGAUUGUGGCGGGUGAAACAAUCGCGCUGCUCUUUGAACUGGCCCGGGACAUGGAGGAGGAUUUUUUCCACGACGAAACGGACCUGCUGUGCACGAAGCUGAAAGCCCUGGCCACAGACAGCAACAAGUAUCGGGCCAAGACAGACCGGCGAAAGCAACGCUCCAUCUUUCGGGAUGUGCUGCAUUACAUUGAGAACGGGGAGUGCCAUGAAGAGACCAUCAAGUUUGGGCUGGAAUGCAUGUAUGUGGACAGCUGGGCAAGGAGAAGAACAUACAAUGCCUUCAAAGAAGCUCUUGGCUCUGGGGUCCGGCACCACCUGCAGAACAAUGAGUUGCUGCGCGAGGUAUUUGAACUGGGCCCCCCACUUGUUCUAGAUGCUGCAGCCAUCAAAGCCAGCAAGAUCUCACGCUUUGAGAAGCAUCUGUACAACUCAGCUGCUUUCAAGGCCAGGACAAAAGCGAGGAGCCGCGUUCGAGAUAAGCGAGCGGACGUCCUUUGACCAAACUCUGCUUCCUCUGUUUGCCUUCCGUCAAGCCAAUGAACUACAGACCCGGACCACUGUGAACAUAAGGGGUGGGGGAUGCCUGGGGCAAGGGACCCCAUUGCCUCAGCUCGUUCAAUACCAGGGUUGUGCCAUGCCCCCUCUAUUCCCCCACCACAUUCUGGGGGAGGGCUUUUAUAUAUGUGUACAGAAUAUUAUUUAAAUGUCUUGGAUGUUUGAAUACUGGUGGAAUGGCAGUGGGCAGGUGCCAUUUUUAUUUUUUUAACCAAAAAUCUAAGCGAGGUUAGGUGAUGGGGAGACUUAUUCUCCUUGCUGCUUUUAAAGCCAGUGAUAAUUUUAGCCUCCUUUCCCUGUCUCCAUUGCUGAACACAUUGUUAUGGUUGCUGUUGGCAGCACAAAUUGGAAUCAGUGAUCGUUUUCCAUCAUCCCAUCCUGCAGGUGUUGAUUCUUCAACUGAUCAGCUCAA